AUGGAUCUCUACCCUCCGGUGGACGUUUUCUCCAGAUCUGAAUCUUCGUCCGUCAGAUCUAAGAUUUAG